AUGUCCAGCAGCAAGUUUAAAGAGGGUGACGAAGAGCCCGGUUUCACGGAUCCAUUCCGUGCACACAGGGAACAUAUGCAGCGCUUCAUCCGCAGCUUCUCUGAGCCGCUGGGUGUGCCUGUGGUGUCCAGUUUGAGGGAUGGAAGGAGCCAGGACAUGGCACAGUCCAGCUCAUCCCGGCAUGCACUGAGCAACAACCACCUGGAGCUAAUGAGGAACCCUUUUGGUAUUGUCGACAAUAUGAUCUCCAACAUGAGGAACACGUCCUGGGACUCAGAGAAUGGCAACGUAAAUGGCCACUCUUUCAGCUCUUCGUCAGUUAUGACUUACACUAAAGUUGGAAAUGAGCCGCCUAAGGUCUUUCAGGCCUGCUCGUCAACACGACGUGCGCCUGGAGGGGUCAAAGAAACUCGACAAGCUGUUAAAGACUCUGUGAGUGGUUUGGAGAAGCUGUCGAUCGGGCACCACAUUCAGGACAGGGCUCACAUUAUGGAAAAAAAGUAUAACAACAAAACUGGGGCUAAAGAAUUUAAUCAGGAGUUUCAGAAUCUAGAAGACUCUGAAGCAGAAGCGUUUGAUAAAGAAUGGAAGCAAAAAGUAUCGACUUUUAAAUGUGACUUCAUGUCACUGGAGCCCCGAGCCAGUACCUGCAGAGAACACCCCAGACUGGCCACAAAGAGAGAACCAGGCUCUAAAAGGCAGUGA